CGAUAAUUGAUGUCGAAUGUGUAAUUGUAUCUGAUUACGUUCAAUUCAGUUAUACUUAACCAGUGAUGCAGACGAAUAAUAAUAACUGCUGUACAUGAACGUAAACACGCUAGUAAAUAAACGUUGACGUUAACAACUGCUCAUUAAGUUGGAUGAUAAUUGAGACCAGGCGAUCGUUUUAAGACGCAUUAAAAUGUGCAGUAAGAAGUAUUUGACUCACGUGAAGAAAGUUUAACUUUAAAAUUAAGAACUUUUAAAUCGGGCUCAAUUUAUGAAUGUGUUCACUUUUUUUCUAAUUGAAGACCAAAACACAUUAUUAAAAAACAUUUGUGUAACGUUCGAAAGUCAUUCGUCUCAGUUUAUUAAACGUCGACCAAACAACGCUGUGGUUUUCGAUGGUGGUGAAUUACCGUGAUUUGCAUGAACGCUUUAACAAUAUUCAGUUGUUUUUAUACAAAAACCGCAGUGGUGUCCGUAUUGACAUAAAUUUGCAGUGGAUGUUUGUAAUUACAAUUAAGUUUGUGUUUAAUAAGCCUAUGUGCGCGGAGAGUAACCGAUAUUUAUAUCUUUGUGCGUUUGUGGAUAAACAACAUUUCGCAAAAUCGGGCAAUCGUCAUGGAUUCCAGCAAGAUUGCAAGUUUGUUUAUUUUGUUUGGAUUAUCCAUUUUAAGUGGAACUUUGUCGAUUUUGAUGGUCAAGUGUCUGAUUAAUAAAUUUGAAAAUUCCGGUAAGCUAAAACGCGCAGUCAGUCUGAUGAACUGCUUUUCAGGCGGAGUAUUUUUUGGCGUAUCACUUUUGAAUCUUUUGCCGGAAGCGCGCGAGGCUAUGGGAAAUGCGCUUGAACAUUACAGUUAUCAUACUGAAUACCCUUUAACUGAACUACUUUUAUGUAUUGGCCUGUUCUUGAUAUUGGCUAUUGAGCAUUUCUCCCAUAUGUGUUGCUCACCAAGGAAAAAGCUCCAAGAAAAGAGUCCGAUUUUGGGCUCAACUUCAAACGCAGUGGAGCCACAAGCGCAACAAAAAGAGAAGAAAGAGAAAAACGAACUACACUGCAACGGAGCUCGCCAUAGCGCCGAUGUCAAAGACAAAGACAAGGAGAUUCUAGUACAUAGCGAAUUCGAGGACUCCUCAUACGCUGACGAUUUUACCUACCACACAUAUGGCACUGUGGACGAAUCCUUAGACAAAUCCGGUAUCAAUCCUUACGCUGGAAGUGGGUUGUCACGUGAUGGGACGCCGUUUCAAACGGAAGUCGUGUUCUACAACAGUGACCGGAUCGUUAUUCGCAAUAAGGCGUCUACGGAAGUUGACGCAAAGCCAAGCACACAUGAUGCCAUUCGGAGCGCUUUAGACAUUGACGCAGAUGACAUUAGACGCUUGAAAAUACGAGGGAUUGUGUUAAUGGUUGCAUUGUCACUGCAUAUGAUUUUCGAUGGCCUGGCGAUAGGACUGAUGACAAAAUCUUCCAAGGUUUGGCAGCUUCUUGGAGCUGUUGCUCUACACAAGUGUCUAGUAUUCUUCACAAUUGGCCUCCAGUCUUUGGAGAUUCUCGCAUCCGCAAAGAAAGCCGUGUGUGUUAUUGUAUUCCUGGCCAUUAUUAGUCCGAUUGGAAUCCUUAACGGCGAAGCUAUAAAUAGCUCCGAUGACGUCACCGCAAGGGAGACCGUUUCUGCGGUUCUGCAAGGAAUUGCCACAGGGACUUUCCUGUUUGUGACGUUUUUCGAGAUUCUAUUUCGGGAACUGGGCACACACGAUCCGGAUUUCCUGAAAAUAAUUUUUAGCUUUAUCGGAUUUGUACUCAUUGCACUUGUGCGCUUAAUGACCAAUGACUAGCAAGGUUUAUGACAGCAUAUGGCUAGUUCAAGGCAAUAAGUAGAACCAAUACACAGUGAACAUUUAGUAAUUUUCAGGUCUUUAUGUGCAAAUGGAUUGCAUGUUGCGAGGAUGUCAUUUCCGCACUUACAAUUUGACCAGCAAAUACAUUAUGAACGCAUACGUUACUGAAUUGUUUUUGAUUUUCAAGACGUAUUCAUGACGCGUUAGUAAAGCUACAUACACGGAAAUGGUAUGGUAAAUGACCACUGCUUAAUUAAUACAAAAAGAUGCAACGAAACACUCAACAACCGCAAUGCAAAAUGUUUGAUAAAGUUGUAGAAGAACAAUCAAUACGUUACCGAAUGCAUUGUUUGUGUUAGAAAUACGUAUUACAAUUGUUUAAUAUCUGACAAUACGUUCGUGCGGAUUUCAGUAAAAUGAUAAUCCGAACAAUGGGUGCUAUACAAGAUCUAAAUAAUACAUUGUUUUAUAGCAAUUAUCAAGUUGUCGAUUAAGUUUACUCGAAUUCAUGACGUUACAAUGUACUUGGUAUAUGUAUACUAAUCUGCUUGGGCAUGAACUAAAUUUCCAAUUAAUUGUUUUUGACAUGUUAUACGCAUUUCAUUACUAUUGUUAAUUGUAUCUUUAUAGUUAGUCUCCUACCGGUUUCACCGGAGGGGACUUAUGGUUUGCACUCCGUGUGUCUGUCAGUUUGUCUGUCAGUCAGUCAGUCAGUCACACUUUUCUGGAUCCUGCGAUAACUUUAAAAGUUCUUAAUAUUUUUUCAUGAAACUUGGAACAUAAAUAGAUGGCAAUAUGGACAUUAUGCACGUCAUUUCAUUUUGUUUCUACGUCUAAAAUUCUGGUUGCUAUGGCAACAAAUAGACUAGAAAUACUGCUGAAAAUGGUGUUUUUCUGGAUCCUGCGAUAACUUUCAAAGUUCUGAAUAUUUUUUCAUGAAACUUGGAACAUGGAUAGAUGGCAAUAUGAACAUUAUGCACGUCAUUUCAUUUUGUUCCUACGUCAAAAAUUCUGGUUGCUAUGGCAACAAAUAAAAAAAUAUUCUGACAAUGGUGGAAUUUCUGACAAUGGUGGAGCCGGUAGGGGACUAUUAUUGCUUGGCAAUAGUCUUGUUUAGUUUGUUGUGUGUUGUGUUUCAGUUCUUAGCAAUGGCAGUGUGAUACGCUCAUAUAUCGACUGUAUCUUUCGCAUCAAAUUAUUAAAUACACUUUGACUGUA